UGAGCGGACAGUUCGUGUUGAGCAGAGGUGGAGGUCGGAAGUGUGCGUUGGAUUGGUAUAAACAAACAUAACCUUGAUUUGUAAGCCAGUCUGUUUUUCGUUGUUUAGAAUAAAACGUAGCUGUGACCUUUGUGAACUUCUAGUAAUUGAUAAAAUUUGUUUUUCUGUCGCUUAUUUUAAGGGUAAAUCGCCACUGGAGUACGCCACUGUCGUCUUCGUCGAAAUACGAUACCGGCUGCAGCAAUGAACGGUGUGAAUGGAGUAAAUGGUCACGGAGACCUCAAUGGUGGAGGAAGCGAACUGAUCUCACAGAAUUUGCCAAAGGGCUGUUGGACGAUCGGGCUCAUUAACUCCAAGUUUCGCUAUCUUACUGCCGAGACUUUCGGCUUCAAGAUUAAUGGCAACGGCGCCUCUCUGAAGAAGAAACAGGUCUGGACAAUGGAGCCGACUUCCGCCACUGGAAACGAGUCUACGAUCUACCUGAGGUCGCAUCUGGACAAAUAUCUGGCUGUGGACUCCUUCGGUAACGUUACGUGUGAAAGCGAGGAACGGGACCCUGGCUCCAAGUUCCAGAUCUCGGUCGCCGACGACGGGACUGGUCGCUGGGCGCUUCGUAACGUGGCACGCGGUUACUACCUGGGGGCUUCGGCGGACAAGCUGACGUGCACUGCCAAGGUGCCAGGAGACGCGGAGCUGUGGCACGUGCACCUCGCAGCCCGACCUCAGGUGAAUCUGCGAUCCGUGGGUCGCAAGCGAUUUGCGCAUCUGUCGGAGAACCUGGAUGAGAUCCACGUGGAUGCGAACAUUCCAUGGGGCGAGGACACGCUGUUCACACUGGAGUUCCGCAUUGACGAAUCGGGCAAAUACGCUCUGCACACGUGCAAUAACAAGUACCUUAGUCGAGAGGGCAAGUUGGUGGACACGUGUAACCCCAAUUGCCUCUUCUCGGCCGAGUAUCACAGCGGUCAGUUGGCGCUUCGUGACUGCCAGGGCGGAUACCUGAGCCCCAUCGGCUCCAAGGCCGUGCUCAAGUCGCGAUCCUUGACCGUCACGAAGGACGAGCUGUUCUCCCUGGAGGACUCCCUGCCUCAGGCGAGCUUCGUGGCAGCCCUCAACGGACGCUACGUGUCAGUCAAGCAAGGUGUGGAUGUAACAGCGAAUCAGGAUGAGAUUUCUGACCACGAGACCUUCCAGCUAGAAUUUGAUGCGUCUACCAAGCGGUGGUACAUUCGUACCAUGCAGGACCGCUACUGGACCCUGGAAACUGGCGGUGGCAUCCAGGCCUGCGGUGACAAGAGGUCUUCCAAUGCCCUCUUUGACCUGGUUUGGCAAGGCGAUGGCUCCGUCGGUUUCCGCGCAAACAAUGGCAAGUUUGUGUCCACCAAGCGCUCCGGACACCUGUACGCCAACUGCGACACCGCAGAAAACAAUUCCAAGUACUUCUUCUAUCUCAUCAACAGGCCAAUCCUCGUGCUGAAGAGCGAACAAGGCUUCGUGGGAUACAAGAGCGCCUCUUCCUUCAAGCUGGAGUGCAACAAGGCCACGUACGAGACCAUUCAGGUGGAGCGCAGCGAGAAGGGCGUCGUCUUCUUUAAGGGUCAGAAUGGCAAGUACUGGCACGUCGACGGGGAGUCCGUGACGGCCGACUCUGACGCUCCCGAGGGCUUCUUCCUGGAACUGCGCGAUCCCACCCGGAUAUGCAUCAAGAGUGUUUCUGGGGAGUAUCUGGUAGCAAGUAAGAAUGGGGCAUUCCGUCUUGGAGACACGGACUUUGAAAAUGCCACCAAAUGGGAAUACUAAGGUCCUUCAAGUAUCUUUGUGGAUUGGAAAGGUGGGGAGGGGGUGAUACAGAGCAGCGGGCAUUGUUUUAUUUACGGAAUUUUGUUGAAAUGAAUUGCUACAUUGAUUUAUAUUAUUUAUUUGAAAAUUUGCACAAGAAAUAUUUAAAUUACCACGAUAUUACAAAAAUGAUGAAACUUCUGUAAUGCGUUAUUGAUAUAUUAACGUGUUACGAGCUUAUUUGAAACUCGUUAUAUAAAAUACAAUUCAAUAAAGAAGCUGAGAACUGUAAAGAACAAUAAAUGAUGAGAAUUUAAAGACGUCGUCUGUCCAGCAGUAAGAUAGGAAUUUCUAAGAUGCAUUUAACUUAAAACUCGUAGUUAGUAUUAAGGAAAUAUAUUAUUGGAUUACUGUAUUUAUUUCAACAUAAUCACUGCAAUCUAUGACAAGGCAAGUUUACUUCUGAUGAUGGCAGAUCAAAGAAAGUCAAACGUUACCCCGAGCUUAUAAGAGAAAAUGCACUUGAAACGAUGCUCAGAAAAUGUUGUAUCACUAGUACUUAGCGUACAUUCAUUGCUUUCUGUUGUGUCUUUUGACGUUGGUCCAGUUUGUACUACUUUUUGUAAUAACUAUAAAUGAAUGAAACAGUUUUAUUAAAAAAUUAAGUGUUCGACGAAUCACAAAAGAGUGACUGCGGACAUGUAUAGUAGAUUCAUACACAGAACUGAAAUAGAAAAAAGUUUUUUGAAAUUACUUACUUCGACCAGAUGUCGAGCAACAGACAUCCAAGCAAAAUCAAUAUUUCACUGCCAUCUGAGGUUCAGGCCACUAACUAAUUGACAGGAGAAUAAAUUUGGUCUUACGCGAAAAAAAUCAGGAUACAGAAGGUUUAAGAAAAGUGGCUCUCCAUUUUUUUGAAAAUUUUUUGAAGUUCUGAGGACUGUUUGUAGAUGUUUAGGAUAAUGGAUAAGGUGAAAGAGAGAAUAAAGUAUUAAAUUUUUAAUAGAUUGUCAAAUGUAAUUGGUACAGUAUUAUUUUAAUGCCUUACAUAUUUGGGUUUUUUUUUUGCCAUCUUUCAGGGGCAUUAUUAUUUAUUAUUAACUGCAAAUGGGUUUUUACCCAGUGGCAGUGGUGCUACAAUGAGACACACCAAAACAACGUGUUAAAAGGAGCUGCUGGAUUUAGUGUUCAUUAAACUUAAAUAUUUGUAUUUAAUUUUAGUUCAGUUCAUUUGCUUGACAACAGCCGAACACUAAAAACAACAGAGCAAGAAUAAACAGCCUAAUAUAUGAACGAUAUACAAAUAAAAAUGUAAGAUUAAAAGGAAAAAAACGAAGCGUGGUUAGAGGCACAGCGCGAGAUCCACAGAAUUUGGACGAAAGAAAAGUGAACAAAGUUUAAGUACAAGCAGUGUUAUAAAUGUCUAUUAGCGAGUGAAAUGUAAUCAUUACUAAAAAUGUUGUUGGCUCAGAAACACGUCUAGUUGAUAGACUGACCUUGAUAAUAUUCGUCCUUUUUGAACAUUUUGAGGUAAAUUAAUUUUGAUCCAAAUAAGUCUUGUAAAGUUUUACAGCGUCAGAAAGAUGGGAGAACACCAAACAUACAGGGCAUUAAAAUAUUAUUUCAACACUUGUAUUAAUUAUAGUUACUGGGAUAUUAAAAGUUUAAUUAUGUAGAAAUUAACAGAAUGGAAUGGAUCUUAACGUGAACUUAUUAAAAUGUCAGAGACGAAGAGGUACUAUAAAUGAGUUUACGCCGCUACUGACAAUCAGGUUUCAGGUUUCAAGAAGUUGGGUUAGGUAUUAAGUCCAAUCUUACGCACUGUGACGCUUAGCUUUCGUACAGUGAACACCUCAUCUCGCUUUUCCUCAUAUUCCAUUUCUGUGACGAGAGUUGUUUUCUUAGACCUUCUGUAUUGUAAUUUGUGAACUGCCUUUAAUUUUUAUGAACAUAAAAUGGAAGUAAACAAGUGUUGUAGAAAUUCUAGGUAGCAGUUUUUAUAUGGAAGUAAUUUGUGUGACUGUAAUUUUUUAUACAUUUUCCAUAUGUUUUAUAUGGUGUGAGAAAAGUUGUGAACCGUUUUUGACUUCUUUUUAAGAUGAUUUUUCAUUCUUGAUUGAUGUAAAUAUAGUAGAUAGAAGAGUGUGAAAAUUCUUGAAACAAUACUUGGUAGCACAAUUUUGUGGACUGCCAGAUACUCAGUCACAAAAAUGCCAGAAUCUGCAUUUAUCAUAUUCCAAUGGGGGUGGCUAAAUUUAUCCCCUCGGUGAGCGUUUUUAUUGCUGGUGUUGUGUAUUUCUGUAUCUUGAAUGUUUUUAAGAAAAUAAUGUCAUUCCAUUCUAGGCUCUGCUCUUUCUUAUUAUUAUUAUUGAUAACUUUUCAAUGUGAUCGCUCAGAAAUGAGGAGGUUAUUUGUCUUUUAAGUUCUGUAGGCAUAGUUACAGUAGAGGUAUGCUCUGUAAGGUAAGUGUAAUUUUGAUCUAGUUAAAAAUACUUGAUACAUUGCUGUGAAGAUAGAGUGAUUAUAAUGUAUAGCCAUUUUACUGCCUGUUCCAUCCUCUUGUUUAAAUAUGUAACUUGGUUCAACAUAAGACUGCUGAUACACAAUAUGUGGCUAAUAGCAUGGCCUAUAAAGUUGUCUGACCCUAAAACUAGGAGCUGUAGUGUAUAUUCCAGUUAUUUAUGUGUUUAUUACUUUAUGUAUUGUGUCACAGAUGGUAUAAUUGUUUAUGUAGUUAUACAGCAUACUCUAGUAAUAUUGGGUUUGCCAUUGUAAAGAACACCUUAUUUAUCACAUAUGUAUUAUAUUUGUAGCAGAUA